AUGUAUAUUGAGCUAAAUGCGCAAUGUGGGCUUCGCCCUCAUCAAGCAAAACGUAGAAAUUCUUCCAAAUAUCCUUUAGGGAAAGAAUUUGAGGUUAUUGGCAGACGUAUUCCGGAACACUUGCUUGCUAAGCAGCAUAAACUACUUUUAGCAUGGUCGGAAGGAGUUUCGCCCCCGAUUCAUCCGGCAAUUCUCUUCACAUAUGCCAGAUUCAUGGCUCAUGUUCGUUCACCACUUCGAUUCAUGGCUCAUGUUCGUUCACCACUUCGUGACGCUCACAAUGCUUCUGCUCAGCUAUAUCGACAAGUACCCGUGAUAUUCGGUGCGGCUGGCGCAGUGCCUGCAAGUCGCCUAGCUCCACCCAUUAGCGGAUCAUUCCUGGCGUACUGCCAAGAACGCUACAAAUAUUUGGAAUAUACGUUGCCAAGUCCCGUACCCCAAGCUGUGCAAUAUUGGAACCUUGUCAAAACUGCUAAAAAUAAAUCAGUUGAACUUAGCUUCAAAUGGCAGUAA